CGGAGGAAAGUCCUGCCCUUUCUGAAAGAUUUCCUGUUUGACUAGGCGAGCAGAAAGUCACUGGAGCUCACAGAUUCCCUCAGUGACUGUUCACUUGAGCAGCAUGAAACGCUCUCCUUCACUCCGGAUCAGACGCUAAAAUCACUACGCUUUCUGGUCAAACAACGCCAGCCUGUUCACGUACACAUUAAUGCGAGGGUUACGGACACGUUUGCGUUUCUAAUGGAGCAAUAUCGGCUUUCUCUUCUCUGUUGGGGGACUUUUUUGAUAUCUACGGGUGUCCUGGAUCGGAACGUAGUCGAUGGGAUGCAUCCUUUUCAUAAUUCAUUUCGACUUCCUCAACUAUGUAAGUUCUGUGACGUGGAGGCAUCGUAUUGUAAUGGCAACGGCACCUGUGAAAGCAACUGCAGCAUCACAUCCAUCUGUUCCAAUCCUGAUGAGAUCUGUGUGGCUAUCUGGAGGAAGAGCAAUGACAACAACACGAUUGAGACAUUGUGCCACAAUCCCUCUGAGCCCCUCUACGGCCUCAUGCUGGAGAACUACAACAACACCAAGUGUGAAAUGAGAAAGAAGACGUCAAACACAGGCCCUUUCUACAUCUGCUCCUGCAAGGGCGAGGAGUGCAACGACAAGCUAAUGUUCACAUUCUCUGUUGGUUCAGACCCCACAAAUAACCAGGUGGUGUUGGUGAUCCUGGUCAGUUUGCUACCUCUCCUGGUUCUGGCUGUGCUGGUCAUCGCCUCCUUCUACUGGUAUCGUAUGUACCGUCGCCGCAAACUGGAUGAGUGGGAGACCAAGAAGCCGUCCAAACGCAAGGGCCCCAAAGGCCCGCUGGACUGUAGUGAUGCCUGCGCCAUCAUGAUGGACGAUGACCGCUCGGACAGCAGCUCCACGCACGCCAACAACCUCAACCACAACACGGAUCCUCUGCCCAUUGAGCUGGACCUACAGGUAGGCAAGGGCCGCUUUGCUGAGGUGUACAAAGCCAAACUGAGACAAAGCCCCUCGGAACAGUUUGAGACGGUGGCGGUGAAGAUCUUCCCCUACGAAGAGUACGCAUCCUGGAAGAACGAAAAGGACAUCUUCUCGGACAUCGACCUGAAGCACGAGAACAUUCUACACUUCCUGACUGCCGAGGAGAGGAAGGUGGAGAAACAGUACUGGCUGAUCACCGCCUUUCACCCACGCGGAAACCUGCAGGAGUAUCUCACGCGCCACCUCAUCAGCUGGGAGGAUCUGCGAGUGCUUGGGGCCUCCAUGGCCCGGGGUGUGGCUCAUUUGCAUAGUGACCACACCCCCUGCGGGAGGCCCAAAGUGCCCAUCGUCCACCGAGAUCUGAAGAGCUCUAACAUCCUGGUGAAGAAUGACCUCACUUGUUGCCUCUGUGACUUUGGGCUUGGUCUCCGUCUGGACAACUCGCUCUCAGUGGAUGACUUGGCCAACAGUGGACAGGUGGGUACAGCCAGGUACAUGGCUCCAGAAGUGCUGGAAUCAAGGAUCAACCUUGAGAACAUCGAGUCAUUCAAGCAAACCGAUGUCUACUCCAUGGCCCUGGUACUGUGGGAGAUCACGUCCAGGUGUAAUGCCAUCGGAGAGGUUAAGGAUUACGAACCUCCAUUUGGCUCGAAAGUCCGAGAGCACCCCUGUGUGGAGAGCAUGAAAGACAAUGUGCUACGAGACCGGGGCAGGCCAGAGAUCCCCAACAGCUGGAUGAAACACCAGGGAGUGGCUACAGUCUGCGCCACCAUCAACGAGUGCUGGGACCACGAUCCCGAGGCCCGACUCACGGCACAGUGUGUGGCCGAGCGAUUCAACGACAUGGACGACGACCUAGACAAGUUGUCCACCUGCAGCAGCUCCGAGGAGAAGAUUCCUGAAGAUUGCUCUGUGAGCGUGAGCGAUGACAAAUGAGAGAAACUCUCUCUCUCUCUCUCUCUCUCUCUCUGCAAAAACUGAAUGUUUGGAUCCUUCCAAUGAGAUGGAGUGGAAGAAUAUGGCCUUUUCAUUAAGCUUUGUUUCAUAGCCAAAGAUUUCAUGCACUUUAUCAGAUUAUGCAUAGCUCACACUGAGGAAGGUCGGGCUGCCGCGUGAGAGGAGCUGGACAGACGCUGGGUUUCUCCUCUGACAGCUGACCAAGAGCCAAAUGUAAUCAGGAAAAUGUUUUGCCUCGACACUAAAGAUUCAUAGGAGAUUGUAAGACUUUUUACAGAUCAUUUCAGGAUUUUCUGGAUUUAUGGAAGAAUGUGUUGCGUGAGAGAUUUGUGUUUGUGUGCUUGAGUGUGUUAGAAUACUAGCGUGUGUGUUUGUAUGUUUGGUGCUUUUUACAGAGAAAUGUAUUGUGCUUAUUAGCCAAAGAAAAAAGUAUGUUGUAAAUACUGCAUAAAACAUAAUGUAAAAAACCUACACUAUUUAGAGAGCCAAAAAAGGGAAGAAUAUGCUGCACGUGUGGCUGGGCGGUAUAUCGUGUUUGUGUGAUAUAUCAACAUACUUACUAUAUAGGAUGAGGCAAUGCUGUUUAUAUCUAUAUACAGUAUUGUGAUAUUAUAGGCGCGUCUGAAAAAUGGACACAGUGAGCUUCAUCAUAGACUCGUAAGACAUAGCUAACGCGUAUUGUUGUCCCAAGUGGCUUGUCCUUUGACAGAUACUGAUACAGAUGCUGUUUGAUGUGUUUUCCUCAGUGCAAAACUUCCAUUUCACAAGUAUAUUCUCCAUCUGUAAAUGUUAGAAGGUCAUGCAUUGUGCUGUCAGGAGUGGAUAAGCCUGAUGUAAGCUAGUCUCCUCUAAACUUCACAGACUUCAGUGAACUGACAGACGAAAAUACUGAGAUAUGUACACGAUAUCGUCAUUCAGCCAAAAAAUACAGAUAUGAUGUUUUUGGACAUCGCCCAGCCCUACACAUACCAAGUCAAAUGUGUUAAACGAACAGUAUUUCGAACUCACAAAAUGCCUCGUAUGUUCACAUAUCCUGGAUAUUGAAUUGUGCCUCUCUUUUACUACUUUUUAUGUAAUAUAUUGUAAAUCUUUGAUGAUUAAAAUACAUUUAUGUACAGUAUUGA